GCCAUGCUGAUUGGCCAGGAAGCCACGGAGCUCUGUGAGGUCACAGCGUAGGUCUGGCUGGAGCGGGACUAUGGUGGAGAUGGUGCCAAGCGCCGUUCUGCUGAUAUUGGCUGUGUCUGCGACCGCCAAAGAUGACGGCACUUGUGAUGGCCCCUGUGGGUUGCGGUUCAGGCAGAACCCACAUGGGGGUGUCCGACUCAUCGGAGGGCAGACAGCACAGCUCGGGGCCUGGCCCUGGAUGGUGAGCCUCCAGAUCUUCAGGGCCCACACCAACCGCAGGUACCAUGUGUGUGGUGGCGUCCUGCUGAAUUCGCACUGGGUGCUGACAGCGGCUCACUGCUUCGACAGCAAAAAAAAAGUCUAUGACUGGAGACUGGUUUUUGGAGCACAGGAAAUUGAAUAUGGAAACAAUGAGCCAGUGAGGGCACCUGUGCAGGAGAGAUAUGUGGAGAAAAUCAUCAUCCAUGAAAAAUACAGCAGUGUGAAUCAAGGGAAUGACAUUGCUCUCUUGAAGAUCACCCCUGCUCUUUCAUGUGGACAGUUCAUUGGGCCAGGCUGCCUGCCCACUUUUAAGGCAGGCCCUCCCCAAAUUCCCCAGACCUGCUAUGUGGCUGGCUGGGGGUACAUAAAGGAGAAUGCCCCUAGGCCAUCGCCUGUGCUGCUGGAGGCCCGUGUGAAGCUUAUUGACCUUGACCUGUGUAACUCGACCCAGUGGUACAAUGGGAGGGUCAUGUCAACCAAUGUGUGCGCCGGCUAUCCAGAAGGCAAGAUCGACACCUGCCAGGGGGACAGCGGCGGGCCUCUCAUGUGCAGAGACAACGCGAACAGCCCCUUCGUGGUCGUGGGGAUCACGAGUUGGGGGGUAGGCUGUGCCCGUGCCAAGCGCCCUGGAAUCUACACAGCGACUUGGGACUAUCUGGAGUGGAUUGCUUCCAAGACUGGUCCUAGUGUCCUGCAUGCGAUUCAGCCAGCUACCCCUCCCCCUCCCCCCUCUCGGCCAAGGCCCCCAGCCCGGCCCACCUCUUCCCGCCCCCCCGCUGCAAACCCUCCUUGGUAUUUCCAAAGCCCUGCUCGCCCUCCUCCUCCUCCUCCUCCUCCUCCUCCUCCUCCUCGACCCCUUCAACCUUUCGCACCUCAGCCCCAACCGCCUACAGCCCAGGGCCCACCCCGACCCUCCCCCUCUCCUCCCCCCUCGCCUCCUUCUCCCCCUCCUCCGCCAUCGCCCACCAGACCGACCCAAGGACUCUCUUUUGCCCAGCGCCUCCAGCAGCUCAUUGAGGCUCUGAGGAUGCGCCGUUCUGGCCCAAAGAGCUCUUACGGCAUGGAGAUACCAGAGCUCCCAGAACCCAUCUCUUUCUGAUCUGAAAUUAUUCUCAACAGACUAGUGAACAGUUCAUCUGAAAUAAAUAAAUGGAUGUAUUUACAAAUAUAUCUAUCUAUAUACACAUGAGGAAACGCUUUUUGGCCUUCUAUCUGCCCACCUCUACUCAACCCAAGCCUUCCUCCAUCAAAUCUAUUCCCUCUAAGGGGAUGGAAUGUAUGAGUUGCUCAGACAUUUGUGUAAAUUGUGGUUUUUAAAAUCUUAAUUUUUUUUUUUUUUUGGGGUGCUGGGAUCAAACUCAGGACCUGGCGCUUGUGAGGCAGGCGAGGUGCUAAAUCUUAAAUUUUAAGACUGGAAUAAAGUGACCUGGGACCAUAGGCUUGGUAUGAUCUGUGUUUCACACUUAGUGAAAUGGACAGGACUUAGCAAUGAGGGGCUGACUUUGCAUAAAUAAAUCAGAACAGUGGCUGUGUGGCAGGGAAAGACUGCCUGGGAAAAAAGGGGUGAGGGUCAAAGUCUACUACUAGGAAGCCUUGUUCUAUAGGUGCCAUUUAAAGACAUCCACAAAGAAGCUUUUGUAUGGAAGGUUGGAUUCCCCAGCAUAGCUACUGGGCAGUCAACACAACAAACCUCCGUACCAGACACAGUUUUACUUG